UCAAGAGAAGAGGAUAUUUUCUCUCUCUCGGUGGAUUUUUCAGCAAAUUUUCAUGUGAACUCCCUCAAAAUUCGCGGAAAAUGCCAGAAAAUCCUCUUCAGGUGUAAUUUCGCGUCCUAAUAAACUACUGACUAUUGAUUUUCAACAAUUGCUAUCCGUGCAGUGAUACCGGAAUUGCAGUGAAAAACUCCCCAUUGUCGUAUGCUAUAGUCAAAACAAAAACAGAAUAUUAUCAAAAUAGAGGCAAUAUUUCCGCUGGAAAAUCGUGAAAAGUUGUUGAAGGGAAUAUUUUGUUCAGUGUGUGGACAACUACACUUCCUGAGACUGACCACGGAGUGUCCUGUGAGUCUGAGAAAGUCCAUCUUCUCCUUCGAGGGACUCCUUUGUCGCGCUAAGAAAAGUGCAUUGUGCCAUUUUCCGGGAGCUUCUGCGAGGAGAAGGAACUGUUCCUUGAGGUGCGAGACAGGGAAGGAUGUGCUGAGGAAAAUCAAUAGGAAGAACAAAAGGAUUGAACACGGAAAAGGCGAGAUAAGCGUCUAGGAGGCGCCCACACCAUUCGACAGGAACACAACGACGCAGGUAAAGGGGAGACGAGAUGAAUUGUGAAGUGAUCUGUUGAUUUGAUAAUCAACUCUGAGUUCAAUUCUUCCUAUUCCGACAGAUUCUGAGGGAAAAUACUCGCAAGGAGUAUUCCCAGAUUCAACCAGAAACCUCAAAGUUCUUUGAAGAUAGAGCAACCGAUUCUAGUCAAAGAUGGACUCAACCUGGUCCAUGAUGCCACAACCAAUAAAUACAGAUCAGUAUUUCAGUAUUCGAUGGAAUAACUACCAGAGAAACAUGACUGCGAUCUUCCACGAACUCCUGGAGAGUCAAUCCUUUGUGGAUGUCACCCUGGCCUGCGAACAGAACUCUCUGAAAGCUCACAAAGUGGUUUUGUCAGCUUGUUCGCAAUAUUUUCGCAAACUCCUGCUGGAAAAUCCUUGCGAUCAUCCAACAAUAAUUAUGCCACAAGACAUUGAUUUCUCCGAUCUGAAUUUCAUCAUUAAAUUCGUCUAUCAAGGAGAAAUUAACGUUACGGAGAGUGAAUUACAAAGUCUCCUGCGAACAGCUGAAAAAUUGAAAAUCCGAUGCCUGUGCGAGGAGGUGACUGAGACAAGCAGUGGCGAGGGCAGGAGCUGCGACAGGAGAAUCCCACCGUCGACGUCGGGUGCGAAACGUACCAAAAACAACCAAAAAGUGAGCUGCGGCGAGCAGAGGACCACGGAGUCGAGGAAACGACUGGGCAGCAGAGGUGAUCCGGACGUGGAGAAUGGUUCAGUAGUUGUUCUGGAGCCGCGACAGGUGUUGGCACGUGAUCAGAAGACCAUGACGAGCCUGGGAAUGGGUAUGGGCAUUAAUGGGGGCCUGAUGGGUGUCUCCAUGGGCUUCCUGGACUUUGCCCCGGAGCCACCGGCACCCUCCGCCACUCCAGUCACCGAGCAUGUCGACCUCAACUGCACACCCAGUUCAGACACAAGAGACUUAUCGAUUCAAGAAUUUGAAACACCUCAGCGCCAUCCUGAACCAUUAAGCUCUUAUUCAAGCUAUCACUCAACGCCAAAUGGGGAAGUGCGGAUAAAGCUCGAGACAUUGCGCUCGAUGGAUCCCUCCGAGACUCUCGAAAUGGAGAAUCAUCACAUUCACACCAUCCACCAGUUGGAUCAUCCACAGACGCAUCAUCACCAUCCGGUGGCGCACCAGCAAUCACACUCGCCACCGGUGCCUCAGCAGGCACACCAUCAGCCUCCGCAGCCAGUGCAGCCGCCCUCGCGGGUGAAUCAGCCGCAAACGGCUCAUCAGUCGCCGGUGCAGCAACCGCCCCCACAGCCGCCGACGCCCCAGCCUCAGAGGCACCACAAUGCCAGUCCGCCGGAUAGUCAGCCGGACAUCAAGCCGCCAGUGCACCAUUCGAUCGUCUCGGCGUCCACGAGCAUGGACGUGGAGCAGGGCGGAAUGGAGCAUGAGCCGAUGCACGGGAUCAUUGUUACGCCGGAAAUUGUGACGAUGAUGACACCGAGUCAAAUGGACAUGUAUAACUCAGACGCGAGUGAGGACUCCAAGAUGAUGUCCAAUGGGUCUCCGGGGAAUAGCAACAGUGCCACUCAGUACACGAGUCUCACGCCACAGCACGAAAACAGGACUCCGGGCGGGCCGAAGACAUGGACGCAGGAGGACAUGGAGGCGGCUCUGGAUGCUCUGAGGAAUCACAAUAUGAGUCUCACGAAGGCGUCAGUGACUUUUGGCAUACCUUCGACAACUCUGUGGCAGCGAGCUCAUCGGUUGGGUAUUGACACGCCGAAGAAAGAGGGCCCAACAAAGUCCUGGAGUGAAGAUUCGCUCAACAAUGCUCUGGAAGCACUGCGGACUGGCACGAUUUCGGCCAAUAAGGCGUCCAAAGCCUUCGGCAUCCCAUCGUCAACUCUCUAUAAGAUCGCCAGGCGGGAGGGAAUCCGUCUGGCGGCACCAUUCAAUGCGGCGCCUACCACGUGGACGCCGGAGGAUCUCGAAAGGGCCCUGGAGGCCAUCAGAGCCGGUCAUGCGUCCGUUCAGAAGGCCAGCACGGAGUUUGGAAUACCAACAGGCACUCUGUACGGGCGCUGCAAGAGGGAGGGCAUUGAGCUGUCGCGCUCAAAUCCGACGCCAUGGUCCGAAGACGCUAUGAUGGAAGCCUUAGAAGCUGUUCGGGUUGGUCAGAUGUCGAUCAAUCAAGCUGCCAUUCACUACAAUUUGCCAUAUAGUUCGCUGUAUGGGCGCUUCAAGCGAGGGAAGUACGACACGUCCAGCGACGGUAGUCAGAUGGAUCACAGCCCGGAGAAUACUCAACACCAUCAGCUGCAGUACACGACGACAGUGAUGCAGCAGCCGCCGCAGCAGCAUCCGGUUCACAUGCACCACCAUCCGCCACCGAUGGUGGUGGUGGCCACGUCGCAGCCUCCGCCGCCGCCGACGCCCCAUCCCCAGCCAGUGCAGGCGCCCCACCAUCCGCCCGCGACGUCGAACCCCGUGCAGAACCACCCCAACAGCCACGUGUACCAUCAGCAGCACCAUCACAUGGAGAGGAGUUGAAAAUCGCCGCCCAAGCGGACCGCCAGGCGGAAGUUUCUGAGAUUGCUGAGGCGGAAGCGUUGCUAGGAUUGAGUGGGUGGGAGCGAGAGGGAGUUAGAGACGUAAGAAGAAUAAACGUAACAUCAAAUAGUAGGAUUAAUAUCAGUAGGAAUAUCGAUCUUAAGGAUGGUAAUGAUAAAUUUAGUGAACGAGUAGGGCUCCGCAUGUGGAGAUUAGUGGGAGAGAGUUUUGCCAGUGUCUUUUGGGAGUUUGAUUUUGCUGUUGAUUCGCUAUGUUUGCCAAUAUGAUUUCAAUGGCUUGCGGUACUAAUUCAACACUCGGCCUGAUGAUUCAAAUAUUUUAUCUACACGCUGACGUGGGCCUGUGACCCGAUCGGAAGACUGAAAUUGCACGUCAUUUGAUCCGCAGUCUCGAAAGAUUACUACACUGAUGAUUUUUCCUCCCCCUGGAGACCCUACAAUUCUGACUAUGUAGCAUCUAAAAAGAAGUGAGAGAAAUCACACACUUUAAUUAUAGCCACUAUUUUCUUGCGAGAGAGAGACAUUAAAAAUGAAAGUAAUCUUCCAUUUUACUAGUUUAUAGCGUUUAUGUUUUUUCAAACUUUAAGAUUUAUUAAGCGAGUUAUUUGUACUGCAUAUUUCGUUAUGGAGAAGUGAGAGAAGAAAAAAAAAUUUUGAAGAAUAAAGGAAGAAAACUAUAUAUUGGUGAUAUUUUGUCUGAUCUUUUGGUUGCGAUCGAGUAUAAAUUGAAGAAAGAAACAAUUAUUGUUAUAUUGUUAAUUCAUUAAGCCAGUUAAAGCGAAACAUUGUAGUGAUUAUAUUUUGCGAAAAAAAAGAGAGAAAGAAAAACCCAAUAAUUCACACGAAUGAAAGUGCAGGGUGACUGAAAGGAGUGCAAUGAUUUAUUAAUUGAGUGACACGUGAAAUCAAAAUUUAUUGAUAUAAUGAAGCUGAUUUUAGCCACCCUUCCGGGAGUUUAAUUUUAUUUUCUCAUUUGCAACACUCAAUUUUCCACCCCGCGUUCGAGCCUAAAGCGAUUGUUGUUAUGGAUAUGUCCAGUGACGACGAUUUAUUCGCUGUAAAUAGACUUUAAUGAAUGAUUAGACACUACUUAGGGGUCAUAGAACUGAGAGGCUCCCAUUGGCGUGGAGUUCGGUGAUUGGGAGAUAAUCUUUCGCUGAGGAUAUUUGUGAACUAUGAGUAAAUUUUAGGUAUAAAAUACAUUGUAGCCUAAGUACGUGUAACUGAUAUGUGUACAAAAUGUAAAAGCAUAUUUUAAAA